AUGCUAUCAAGUGCACUCUUACAGCUCACUUUGUUGCUCGCGACAAAGGCGGGGCCCUCUUCUGCACAAGGUCCCGAUGCUGUGCCUGGGGAACACGCCGAAUGUGCACGAGUUCCUGACUUGGAGUGCGGUAAGGGCGUGUUCAGCUGGUGCAAUAUGCCCCAUGUAACUCCAGACACGUACGAAGAUCCUCCCAGCCGCUACUCCUUGGAGUACGUAGAGGUAAUCCAGCGACACCAUAAGCGCACGCCCUACGGAUCCAAUAUAUUCCCGAGGGAGGAUAUAGAAUGGAGUUGUGACGAUGUCGGGGUGCUGUCCGGAUUGACAUUCUCCGGGGAUUAUGGGACAUCCGCCGUGGUUCAACGCGAGAACAACUGGGAUGAUACCAACCCGUUCAAGGUUCUUGAUAAAGUCGGCUUUGUCAACUCGAGUUGUCAAUUUCCCCAGAUCACUAAAGGUGGUCUAGUGGAUUCAGUGGUUCAUGGCUCUGAUCUUCGUAAGGUUUACGGAGAGCGUCUCAAGCUUUCAAGCCACUAUGACCCGUCCGAAGCCUCCUUCCGCAUUACGAACAACGUUAUAACGUCCCAAGUGGCUAGCGGGCUACUUAGGGGCUUCUAUCCAGAGCAGGACUUGUCCAGGCCCACUCCUGUUCAGAUCCAGCCCAGCUCUAUGGAUUCGCUCGAACCAACGUAUAGUUGUCCCAGAGCCAACGCACUGAGGGACUCAUUCACGACAGGUAACAAUGGUGCCGUGUGGAGGGAACAUCUUCAAAAGGCGAGGGACGAAGGGCUGUGGGACGAACUGGAUAGCAUUUCAGGAGUCCCAACAGACGAUCGAGGGUGGCAUGUUAGCUUCGACCAUUACUUCGACAAUCUAAGCGCAAAGUUAUGUCACCGGAAGCCAUUGCCUUGCAACUUGAAGGAUAGGUCCCUCUGCAUAUCGCGCGAGACCGCAGACAAAGUAUUCGACAUCGGACAUUGGGAGUAUCUGUACCUCUUUAGAGAGGCUGUAGGAUCUCACGAGUACUCCGCUUUGAAGUCCGGGGCCUGGAUGCUGGAGCUGCGUUCGCGUUUAUACAGCAAGAUUGAAGGGACGCACAAGGUCAGGUAUGCUCAUAAUGUCGCACACGAUGGUUCCAUCUCGUCCCUUCUUGGUUUCCUCCAGGUUGAGGGGAUGGCUUGGCCUGGGAUGGGAAGUGAGGUUGUAUUCGAGCUCUAUCGCGACGCUGCCCGCGCUAGCGCGCCCCCGCCCACUACGGAUGGCUGGUACGUGCGGGUCCUAUGGAGCGGUCAAGUCAUGCGAACAGUCUCGACACUGGGGGUCUUGGAUAUGGUGCCCCUUAACGCCUUCUUCGAGUAUAUCGACUCGACGGUUGGAAGUGGGUCUGAGCUGUACAAUAGGUGCUUUACGACGUUGGAGUGA